AAGUGAGCCCGUCAAAUAUCGAGCGAGCACAAAAACAAAACACCCGAAGCAAGAGGAGGGUCGAGUUAUUUCAAGUUUUCACCAGUAAUUGCGGCUGCUAGUUACCUGAAUUUAUUGUCGAAACUUUCCACACAACCGCCAGAAGAUGCUGUACUUGGAAGAUUAUCUCGAAAUGAUCGAGCAUUUGCCUCAGGAACUGCGGGAUCGGUUCACUGAGAUGCGAGAAAUGGAUCUCUCGGUGCAAAAUAACAUGGACUCGUUGGACAAGCGGGCCCGCACUCUGUUUCAGCAGUGCCGCCGGGGCGAACUGGUUGGCACUCAGGCCGAUGGGGAAUUUUACGCUAUCCGGAAGGAUUACUACCGGGUGCUGGAGGAUUCGGACGAGAAGGUUCAGCUGGCGGGUCAAAUGUACGAUCUUGUGGAUCGAUACCUUCGACGGCUCGACAGUGAGCUGUACAAAUUCAAGUGUGAGCUCGAGGCGGACCACAAUGGUAUCACGGAGAUACUGGAGAAGCGUUCGCUGGAGUUGGAUACGUCCACCAGCAAUGGAGGGUUGAAUCAGAAGGAGAAUCGCUAUUUCGAUACGUUGGGUGGAAUUUCGAGCAGCAUCGUGGCAUCGAGCGCGGCUCGAGUGGAUAACCGAUAUAAGAUUAAGCCGGAGAAGCGACGAGAUAGCAUUGGGGUCACCGCUUUGAGUGGACCUCCUCCGGAAAAAAGACAGGCCGUAGCGGCCAGUGCUAGUGCAAUAAGUAGUGGUCCUCCUGUCCGUCCGACGACCCCUCUGGCGGCCACCGGUGGACCCUAUCAUAUGCUGGCGUCUACGGCCGCUUCUAGCACCCCGAACGCGGCGGCCACUUCGGUAGCAUACAAUCUGCAGCAAUUUGGGGCAGGAAAUGCAAUUGCUGCAGCGGCUAGUCAGGCCAUUGCUGCGACUCAACAGAUGCAGCAGGGAAGGAGAACCGCCAGUCUGAAGGCUUCGUAUGAGGCAAUCCAUGGGGCAGGAGCAACCGGGACAGCUGCCCAUGAUCUGUUGAUCAAUCGAGAGUUGGCUGGGGCCACUCACAAUGCCCUGCAGGCGGUCGAGCGCGAAACAAGUAACGCAUUCUCCAAUCAGCAGAGGAGACAGCACAAAAAAAAGCUGACCACGGGCACAUCUGCUGCAGCCACACUGUUACAAGUACACCAGAAGCAACAACAACAACAACAUCACCAUCCGCAGCAGCAGCAACAACAACAACCACAACAACAUCAUCAGCACUCAACCAUCCUUAAUCCUAACCUGUCCUCCUCGUCUCUAGAUCUUUUGGAGCCGCCCACCGUUCCGGGGGUAUUGUCGGCGGUGGCAAGCGGAUCUUCGACUUCCUCCCUCAGCGGCACCAGCAGUUCAGCAGGUCCGAGCAAUUCGUCGGGAUCGAUCGGAGGUGUAGGAGGAGGAGGAGGAGUAGGAAGCAGUGUUAGUGGUGGAGGCGCGACGCUUCCCCCACUGGGCACAGGAAUCGUGCUCAACGAGAACGGAAUGGUGGUCGAACAGACGCCGGAAGGCGAGUGGACAUACGAUCCCAAUGAGCCCCGUUAUUGCAUCUGCAAUCAGGUCUCGUACGGUGAUAUGGUCGCGUGCGAUAAUGAGGAUUGCCCCUUCGAGUGGUUCCACUAUCCGUGCGUGAACAUCACGUCAUCGCCGAAGGGCAAGUGGUACUGCCCUCAGUGCAGCAGCUCGAUGAAGCGUCGAGCCUCCCGGAAGAACUAAUCGAACGCUGUGUUUUUUUGUGGUGCUCCUUUGGCAAAUACAUGCCGCCACCUGCAUGAUACGGCAAUUUACCUACUCAUUAUUAGUGACUCUUGUGUGCAAGCAUGUGUUUUUUUUUCGAUGUCCGUGCCAAACCAGACUCUAUCGCGUUCAUAUGUUUGGUUGCUGGUUGCCUGCUUACGGAAAUUGCAUCCGGUUUUCGCACAGCUACGAACUACGAAAACUAUACACGAAAUAAAAUGAAUUAAUCAAAACCGUU